AUGCAAUCAUGGCGCGUGGCUCGACCGAAUUUGCGUCGUGUAUUUGGCACACCAGUCCGACCUUGUCCCUCGACAAGGCCCUACUCAUCACAAACCGUCGUCAAGCGUGCGACAUACGCUGUCACCGCCAGCGCGCUUGCCGGAAUAGCGGUCUGGCAAUUCGCAACCACUCGCAAUGAUGCACCAUUCCUGGGAAUCCAAGAAGCUCGGCACAUAACCAACAGUACUGGCCUCUCGAAAGAAGAAGUCACCAAGAUGCUUUCGCAAGAGGCGUUUUCGUUCCCGGUGAAAGGAGUUUCUGGCAUAGAGAGAUACGAUGGUGCGCAAUUGGCUUCCAACAGCGUGUGUGAGGAUAAAUUUGUGCAUGGCAAAUUGCCUUCACCAAGAAAUGAUGGUAAACCAUGGAUGACUUGGGCUGUCUUCGACGGACAUGCGGGAUGGCAGACCGCAGACCUGCUAGAAAAGCGGCUUUUGCCUCUGGUACAGCAAUACCUUAGUCAAGCUAAACUUACCCCUGAAGCACAAUCUGGAUAUAAUGAACUCACUCAAGACACCAUCACAAAAGCAUUUAUGGACCUCGACAACUCGAUCAUCGAGACAGCACGCAAAACCUCUGAAAGUACCAUGCCACUGCAACAAAAGAUGCAAAGAUUACUUCCUGCUUUUGCGGGUUCGUGUGCUUUACUCUCUUUGUUCGAUCCCGUCACCAGCACUCUACAUGUAGCUUGCACCGGUGAUUCUCGAGCCGUCCUCGGAAAGAAAAACCACGAUGGCACAUGGACAGCCAUCCCCCUCUCCAUCGACCAAACCGGCAGCAACAGUGACGAGAUCGCCAAAAUCCAUCGCGAGCAUCCCGGCGAGGAGGAUAUCGUCAAGAACGGACGAGUCCUGGGGUUAAUGGUUUCCCGCGCUUUUGGCGAUGGACGUUGGAAAUGGCCAGCGGAUUUGCAAACAGGGCUCAAGGAAAAGUUCUUCGCACCAGGAUUGCCGAAGUCAGCUCCAAAUGCUCCGACACCGCCAUAUAUUACUGCAGAGCCGGUCGUCACUAGCACAGUCAUCGACUCUGAAACCCCUUCUUUUCUCAUCGUAGCAACAGAUGGCUUGUGGGAUAUGCUUUCCAAUCAACAAGCCGUCAAUCUUGUUGGCACAUGGCUAGACUUGCAGUCCGGCAAAUCUAUCACCAGCAAACCACAACCCAGCUAUGCGCCCCUCGACUUUAGCAAACUUGAGAAAGGCGUAAACGAGAAAUUCGAAGAGCAAAGAGCGACAAAUCAAGAUGGCAAUGUUGCUGUGCAUCUGAUGCGUAAUGCUCUUGGCGGUAACUAUGAGGAAUUGCUUGCUGGAAGACUUGCAGCUAGCAGUCCGAUCUCGAGAGAGUUGAGGGAUGAUGUUACUGUGCAGGUGGCUUUCUUCAAUUGUCGUGUAUAG